CGCGGCUGAGUUAUUAGAGAAGCAGCGAGACCCGAAGAGUGCGCAGGUGCUGGUGUAGGUUCUUGCCAAGUAUUGCGUAAGCGGAGCUCGUUAAAUCUACCUGCCAAGCACUUACGGAGCCUAUUCUACGCGGGAGAGAAGUGCCCGGUAACAAGAUUCCUACUUGGCUCGGUGAUAGUGGACACUCUGAGAGAUUCAUUGCGGUGUUACGGCCGACUGUAGCUGGUCGCACACCCUUCUCGUGCAAGGAUUUGCCUUCGCCUAGAAACAAGCGAGAUCGUCGGUGGAGCCUUUGUUCUACGGUGCUGCUUAAGUGUAUUUGCUUGAAGAUACAGCCGUGGGCAAUCGACAAGAAAACAACAGAAAAACAUGGAUUGUUUACAACCAGAAGAAGUCCGGAAUGAUGAACCCGAGUGCUUGGAAGAGCUUCGUCGGCUACUUCAAGAGGACGGGCUACGCGUUCUGCCAGGUGAUGAAGCCCUCCUAAUGUUUCUACGCACCAAGAAAUAUAACGCCGAAAAAGCCGCGAAGGCGGUAAGAAACUAUUUCCGGGUUCGCAAGGACAUGCCUGAGUAUUUCGACAACCUGACUCCUGCCAGCAUCCCGUACAGCAUAGUGUGUCACGAUCACAAGCUCAUCAUGCAAGCCAGGGAGAGGGACGCUCAAGGAAGAGCUGUGGGAAUCCUCAAGUUUGGUGCCUGGAGUGCCGACAUCUGCUCCAUGAGCAAGCUUAUGAGGUGUCUGCUGCUGUCAGCUGAAUGCGGUCUUCUUGAAGUGGACGCGCAAGUUCAUGGUGUAGUGGCUGUCAUCGACCUCCAAGGCUUCGGCAUCAACCACCUGAGGGAACUGACGCCAUGGUUCCUCCGAAAAGUCAUGCUCAUUGCUCAGGCAAGUCAAAGUCUUGUAAUGCGGCCCUUACAAAAGAAAGAAAAGAAAAAGCUUGCGGAGAGACCUUUGGAACAAAACGGAACCUCCUGUUAUUAUCCGUCCAUGAGCAACAAACAACAAGCAGUGCCAUAACCGGUGUAUGCUCCACCGGCUUAAGAGCAGAUACCGGUGCCUCUGCUCGCUUUUCGGGCGUUUUCAGCGCCAUCCUAGUUUUGGCACACAUCCUAUUCAGGUGAAAUAACUAGCAGCGCCGUGAUUGUUUUGCUCAGAGCUCGAAUUGGCGUAUGUUGUGUGCGUUCAUUUCAUCGCUGUGAAUGUUUAUGUCCGAUUGGUAGAUAGGAGGGGGAACAGGAAAAGCCUCACGCCUGGAGCCGAAAUUCCAGCAAGGAGACCUGUCUUCUUCAGUGCCGUAACGAAGCCAAAUCCCAUUGUCAAAAAUUUCGCUCCCGCGAAAGGCCUUUCUUCUUCGCCCACUGUUGAUCCAUUCAAAUGAGAACAGAUAAAUGAAUUUCUUUUUUGCGAGUGCGAAAAAUCAUCCGCGAACCGACUUCGUCAGAUAAACAAGUCAUACAUUAUACCAUUCCAUGCCAAAUAGAGUAAAAGUUCAGGGAACCGAGUCAGAGGGCAGCUAAUUUUGCACUGUAGUCAUGCCGGCCAUAGUAAAAUUCCGUGUCUCUUCGGCGCUCUUCGCUGAAGGUGGUGUCGAAGCGUUCACGCGACGUGUUACUAUUUGCAGGCGAAUGCCGAAAUCCCACAAACUCGACGGCGCACGUUUUAUUUCCUGAAAGGAAAAGUUGCCAUACACCCGACCAUAGCGCAGUAGACAAAUGCGAAGGCAACGUUGUCUGGUUUCUCAGAAAGAAGUAUUGCAGUUGAAGAAAACACUGCGUUAGUUUGGGGGAUCGAAGUCUCGACCAAGCUUUUUCGGGACGGUUGCGCUGACCAUCUGAACUAACCACGGUAUGGCAGGUCGCAGAGCAAGGCCGCAUUAAUCGACCACUAGAAGAGCAACGAUUCUCCCAUUUAUGAACCUCCCUCCAUCUUGCGGGCUUCUGCAGAACUGUUACGCUCAAUUUCGCGCCUUAUUUCCUCCCUCAAACUGACUUUACUUUCGCGCAGUAGAGUGUAUGUCUAAAGGUUACGAUAAAAAUUGCACCUCAUAAAACGUGGACGAUGAUUACUGGAGGCUAGAAACAGAGGGCCGCCGUAGCCGGCGUUUCCCCAAAGACGAGGCGUAACGUUAAAUUGAUGACAAUAUAAGAAUAUUACAUGACCUACGGAAGCUGACCUUUCUUAUUUUGGAAUUUUAUGACAACUUGGUGUCACUUCAUUUUUCAGAACUCACUACCAGCAAGAAUAAAAGGAAUCUAUGUCAUCAACACGCCAGCCCUGGCUGAAUACGCUGUGUCCCUUGUGCAGUUCUUUCUACCAGCGAAACUAAAGAGCAGGUUGCACUUCUUCGGCGGCGGCUUUUCGGAACUUCGCGGAAUCAUUCCUUCUGAACUGAUACCAAAGGACUUCAGCGGAACGCAAGAAGACUUCGAUUUCCAUGCGCAAGAACAAUACCUCCUUGAGAAGGCCAGCUACUUUGACAGUAUGCAGCAGUGCGGUUAUUGAUGGAGUUAAAUGUGGGUCAGUCUGAAGAACGUAAAGACCUUUGUAUUAUAUGUAAAUAAUAAAUAUGUUUUUGUUCAACGUU